CCCUUCUUCAUUCUAAUUCCACUGUCCCUCAAACUCAAUCUCUCUCUCUCAAAUUUCCUUCUAACCAAUUCCAAACCUCCAAAUCAAUCGAUUCCUCCUUACUUUUACUUUCUCUCUUCAUUAUUCUAGGCACCUUCCAUUGCAGCCUUUCAAUCCACCGAACCUUUACAUCACAGCCUCUACCUAGCCUUUACUUGUAACAUUUUCACCACUAAUUCUCUUCUUUCAUCUCAGUUUUCACCCGUGCUGGUGGACCUUUCCCAAUUCAUUGCACAUAACCAAACAUGUACAAGUUGGAAAAGCCACGCAGAGAUCACAACAAGUUGCAAAGCCCCUCUUUCUCUUCCACCCUCCUGGACCAAAUUUACCGUUCCAUCGAUGAUGGCCAGAGUAAAAGCUCAGAAUCAAAUUUCUACAGAGAAACAACAACAACAACAACGAGUAAGAGACACUGGACAGAGAAAAAAGACAGAACAGACAACAACAACAACAACAAGGUAAGAAGCAAAAACGUUGCUGUUGUGGAAGAAACAAACAACAGAAAGUUCCAUCAUGAUCACGACCCAGAUGUUCUGUUCUUCAGCUCCACAUCAAUUUCUUCGGACACUAGCUCCGGAGGAUUCUCCUCCUCUGACACUGACUCUACGUGGCCGAGGCCAGUGAGGACAAGCGCGUCGUUCCGAUGGGAGAACGAGAAACAUGCGACGCGUGUCCAGAGUUUUAUGCAUCUCACGGCCCAACACAAACACGGUGUUACCGGUGUUCGUGAUGAGGAAGCAUUGAUCAAGUCCAAAUCGAGGGCGUUGAAGAUUUACAACAACCUGAAGAAAAUAAAGCAACCUGUUUCACCGGGUGGAAAGCUCACGAGUUUCCUCAACUCUCUGUUCGCAACAGGGGAAGCAAAGAAGAAGAAGAAGAAAAAUGAUGAGAUUGUUGAGAGAAGAGUUAACUCGGGACUAGGUUCUUCUUCUACUUGCUGCUCUGCUUCUUCGUUUUCAAGGUCUUGUUUGAGCAAGGUUUCAUCUUGUGAUAGAGAAAAUAUGAGUAAUGGGGUGAAGAGAACGGUGCGUUUUUACCCGGAGACAGUGGAGGAGAAGAAAAUAGUGGUGGAGAAAGCUGCUAGAGAGUUCUUAAGAGAGUACCGUUACAACAACCAGAAUAAGAAGACUGAUUUGGUUUUGAAGGAUUUGAGUUUAAGGAAAAAUGCUAAUUAUAGUGAAGAACAUGAAGAGGAGGAUUAUGAUGAUGCAGCAAGCUAUGCAAGUUCAGAUCUUUUUGAGCUUGAUCAUCUGGCUGUGUUGGGAAAUGGUUUGUAUGAUGAGGAGCUUCCUGUUUUUGAAACUACACAUUUUAGUUCAAAUCCCACCAUUGCUAAUGGUAUAAGAGUGUAGCAGAAUUUUUCAGUUUUUCUAUUGCGCUCACAAUUGCGAUUUGCAGAUAGUGAUUAAAAAUCAGUAGAAGCAUAUCAUAGAUAUACCUAUUACCUAUGACAGAACAAUUUGUGUUGUUAUACUUGUGAGUUAUGAGUGGUUUUUUUCUUUUUCUUCUUGGGAAAAAGUUAUACUAGAAUAUUAAUAGCU